AUGUCGCCCCAGAAUAGUUACCGUACUAACUACAUCGCCAUGCCCGGUACGAGCAUGGGAGCGCCGGCGGGCGUGGCGGCAGGAACGGCGAAUCUCCGAGCGCCGGCAGCAGGCUCGGAGCAGCCGCGGCGCCGGGUCACAUGCGACGCGACCCUGCUGCUGUCCGUCUACCUGGCCCUCCACGCCGCGCUCUCCCACUCGCCUCCAGAUAUGGCCGCGCGUGAGUGCAGCAGCGGCGGCAUGUGUAUCAUGUGUGCACCGGCGCAGGUGCAGCGUGAACGCCGCAUCAUUGGCCGGCCCGUGUGGCUGUACCACUCGCAGCAGCCGCUGUCGCAGCACAAGGGAGCAGCGGGACUGCUUAUAACGGAGCAGCAAGUCAGAUCCACGGACGAUCUAGGGGUUCAAGACUCUGUAACGGGGAUGGCUCAGAAUGAAUUGGAAAAACAGUCGGGUGCCGUGGUGGCAGCGGAACCAGAACCAAUGCGUGGGGAAGUGGCGGGGGCGGUGGCGGAGGCGGAGGCGGGGGCGGAGGCGGAGGCGGAGGGGGAGGCGGAGGCGGAGGCGGGGGCGGAGGGGGAGGCGGAGGCGGAGUGUGGGGUGGAGGAGGAGCGGCGGGCGGGGGAAGGGUGGACCGCCGCGGCGGUGCCGAAUUUUGGGCGAGUGGAGGUGGAGGGGGUGGGCGCAGAGAGGGCUCUCACCAACCAGCGCACGUGCUUCUCCGUGACUGGUGGGCCUGGAAAGAUGGGGGCGGCGGUAAGGGGAUGCGAUGCGAGGAGCAGUUAG